AUGCUAUUCCACUCCCUCCUGCUCCUCCUCCCAUUCCUCGCUCAACUCUCCGCCGAACUGCCGCUCCUCUGCGUCGACACCUACCUCAACUGCCAAGACCCGAAGCUGAAGCCGUUGAUCUGCAAGGAGCGCGACUACCGCAACAUGGCCGUCUUCCGCUGCCCCAAGACCUGCGGCCAUUGUGAGACGGAGCGCACCAAGAACGAGCUGGACUUUCUGUUCGGCUGCAAAGACACGUCGCCCGACUGUUUGGCGAAGCUGGACCUCUGCCAAAAACCGCAGUACUUCAAGCUGUUGUCGAAGAUGUGCCCGCUGACCUGCAACUUCUGCGGGAUGUACACCAAGAGCAAGGUGAAGAAGCAGAAGAGGAGAGUGAAGGGCGUCAGGAAGAUGGCCAUGUGCACGUAA